AAAACUACAAAACUAAUAAAAAACUAAAAUAUAAUAAUGCUGUCAACGAAAAUAUAUAAAAUCUAUAGAAAUAAACAAAAGCAAAACAUUGAAAAAUUGCUUUAAAGAAAAACAAAUCAAAAACCAUUGUUGUGUACAUAAAAUUUAAGGUGUAGUGAGAACAGAAGUGAAAAAAGAAAUAAAAAUUAUAGAUUUUGUUUUAUUACAAUUACAACAUUACAAUUACAAAAAUUACAGGAAAGAAAUUAAUAAAAAGUAAUUAAUAGUUUUUGUGUAUUUGCAAAACAAUUUGGUAAAAUAAAACAAAUGUUAGUUUAAAAGUCUCUUAGUAAAGGAAGCAACGAAAAUUGCAUUUUCGAAAGCUUCUGCCUGUUGGGCGAGCUGGUGGUGUUGUGGUAUUGUUGGUUUUCCUGUGGAACAAAAAGACGCAAAGAUAGACGCGGUGUGGGGUUGGGCUUCUGCCCCGCUGCGUUUAGCAGCCAAUAGAAUGGGUGAUCCCCUACUGCCGGGAGCCAAUGGCGGUACGGGCGCUACAGCUGGCGGUAGUGGUGUGGAUAGGCCACAAUCGCCAGCUCGUAUGGCCCAUACUUCCGAUAAGCAUCCCAAAGUUACACUAUCCGAAUUAAAUAUGUUACGUAGACAUCGUGAACUAUGCGAUGUUGUACUUAACGUUGGCGGACGUAAAAUCUUUGCACAUCGUGUUAUACUCUCUGCAUGUUCGCCGUAUUUUCGAGCCAUGUUUACGGGUGAAUUGGAGGAGUCACGUCAAACUGAGGUCACUAUACGUGACAUAGAUGAGAAUGCCAUGGAACUAUUAAUAGAUUUUUGUUAUACUGCUCAUAUAGUAGUGGAAGAGUCGAAUGUUCAGACACUAUUGCCAGCUGCUUGUUUGCUUCAAUUGGUAGAGAUUCAAGAUAUUUGUUGUGAAUUUCUCAAACGUCAAUUGGAUCCCACCAAUUGUUUGGGUAUACGCGCUUUUGCCGAUACUCAUUCAUGUCGUGAAUUGUUGCGUAUUGCGGAUAAAUUUACUCAACAUAAUUUCCAAGAGGUAAUGGAAAGUGAAGAGUUUCUUUUAUUGCCUGUUGGCCAGUUGGUUGAUAUUAUAUGCAGUGAUGAGUUGAAUGUACGUUCAGAGGAGCAGGUGUUUAAUGCUGUAAUGUCAUGGUUAAAAUAUAAUAUUGCCGAUCGAAGACAACAUUUAGCUCAGGUUUUACAACAUGUCCGUCUUCCACUCUUAUCACCUAAAUUUUUAGUUGGCACCGUCGGCUCUGACCUUUUGGUGCGUUCCGAUGAAGCUUGUCGUGAUCUCGUCGACGAAGCCAAAAACUAUUUAUUACUUCCCCAAGAACGUCCCCUUAUGCAGGGACCACGUACACGUCCACGUAAACCCACACGCCGUGGUGAAGUUUUAUUCGCUGUCGGUGGUUGGUGUUCCGGUGAUGCCAUUGCCUCCGUAGAACGUUUUGAUCCUCAGACAAAUGAUUGGAAAAUGGUAGCACCCAUGAGUAAACGACGUUGUGGUGUAGGUGUGGCCGUACUCAAUGAUUUACUUUAUGCCGUCGGCGGUCAUGAUGGUCAGAGUUAUUUGAAUAGUAUAGAACGUUAUGAUCCGCAGACAAAUCAAUGGGCUUGUGAUGUUGCUCCAACUACCUCUUGUCGUACGAGUGUGGGUGUUGCUGUUCUAGAUGGUUUUCUUUAUGCUGUUGGUGGUCAAGAUGGUGUACAGUGUUUGAAUCAUGUGGAACGUUAUGAUCCCAAAGAAAAUAAGUGGUCAAAGGUGGCUCCUAUGACUACCAGACGUUUGGGUGUAGCUGUUGCUGUUUUAGGCGGUUAUCUUUAUGCCAUUGGCGGCUCUGAUGGCCAAUGUCCUUUGAAUACUGUCGAACGUUAUGAUCCCAGACAAAAUAAAUGGGUGGCUGUUAGUCCCAUGUCCACACGCCGCAAACAUUUAGGCUGUGCUGUUUUUAAUAAUUAUAUUUAUGCCGUUGGCGGCCGUGAUGAUUGCAUGGAACUGUCCUCUGCCGAACGUUAUAAUCCUCAUACGAAUACUUGGAGUCCUAUUGUUGCUAUGACAUCGCGACGCAGUGGUGUAAGUCGGCUUGCGGUUGUCAAUGGCCAAUUAUAUGCCGUUGGUGGUUUCGAUGGUUCUGCCUAUUUAAAAACCAUAGAAGUUUAUGAUACUGAAACAAAUCAAUGGCGCCUUUGUGGUUGCAUGAACUAUAGACGUUUAGGCGGUGGUGUGGGUGUAAUGAGAGCCCCUCAAACUGAAAAUUAUAUGUGGAUACGCAAAGAUUCUGUUGUUUGAUUGGGAUUGGAUAGUGACUCUAAGAAUCUUUAUAUAACAAAUCUAUAUAAAUAAUUCUACGUUUUUUUCUCUGUUGUGUGGGUAUUAAGAAUUAUUUAUAAAUAAGAAUUUAUGGAAAAGAAAUUUAUUGAAAUUGUAAAUGAAAAUAAAAGCUUAAGAAAAAGCCUUUUAGAAAAAACAUAUAUUGUUGGUAGAAGGAAACACUGACAUGCGAGCAAAUUAGUAAGAUUUAUAAUAAAAAUACAUAACGAAUUGUUGAUAACAAGU